AAGUAUCUGCCUGCCAUGGAACAAACCAGCCCCGGACAGCUGGUUCACAUCUUCUGUAGGAAGCGCUCACCUGGACGCACGGUUGUCACAGCACAGCCACUUGUGUUGGGAGCCCUCUUUGCUGCUGCGUGGACCACUCCAGUCAGAUGGGCUGCUUUGGAAGAAGUAGAGGGUGAUGUGGCAGAGCUGGAACUAAAACUUGAUAAGCUCGUGAAGCUUUGUAUUGCAAUGAUUGAUACUGGCAAAGCCUUCUGUUUUGCAAAUAAACAGUUCAUGAAUGGGAUUCGAGAUCUGGCACAGUAUUCUAGUAAUGACGCUGUAGUUGAGACAAGUUUGACCAAGUUUUCUGACAGUCUUCAAGAAAUGAUAAAUUUUCACACAAUUCUGUUCGACCAAACUCAGAGAUCAAUUAAGGCCCAGCUUCAGAACUUUGUUAAAGAAGAUCUUAGAAAAUUCAAAGAUGCCAAGAAACAAUUUGAAAAAGUCAGCGAAGAAAAGGAAAACGCACUAGUAAAAAACGCCCAAGUUCAAAGGAACAAACAGCAUGAAGUUGAAGAGGCCACGAACAUUCUCACAGCCACGAGGAAGUGCUUCCGGCACAUAGCCCUUGACUAUGUCCUUCAGAUUAAUGUGCUUCAAUCCAAGAGGAGAUCAGAAAUCCUGAAAUCAAUGCUGUCCUUCAUGUACGCACAUCUGGCCUUCUUCCACCAAGGCUAUGACCUGUUCAGUGAGCUUGGGCCCUACAUGAAAGACCUUGGAGCGCAGUUGGAUCGACUGGUUGUGGAUGCGGCAAAGGAGAAAAGAGAGAUGGAGCAAAAACAUUCUACUAUCCAACAGAAGGACUUCUCCAGUGAUGACUCCAAGCUAGAGUAUAACGUAGACGCUGCGAAUGGCAUUGUCAUGGAAGGGUAUCUCUUCAAGCGAGCCAGCAAUGCCUUCAAAACGUGGAACAGGAAAAAGCCCGAUCAUAUCAGACGCUGGUUCUCCAUACAGAACAAUCAGUUGGUUUACCAGAAAAAGUUCAAGGACAGUCCCACCGUGGUAGUGGAGGACCUCAGACUCUGCACGGUGAAGCACUGUGAAGACAUAGAGCGCCGCUUCUGCUUUGAGGUCGUCUCUCCAACGAAAAGUUGUAUGCUACAGGCAGAUUCUGAAAAGCUUCGCCAGGCCUGGAUUAAGGCUGUGCAGACCAGCAUUGCCACUGCUUACAGAGAGAAGGGCGAUGAAUCAGAGAAGCUGGAUAAGAAAUCGUCUCCAUCAACAGGAAGCCUAGAUUCUGGGAAUGAGUCAAAAGAGAAGUUAUUGAAAGGAGAAAGUGCACUGCAGCGUGUCCAGUGUAUCCCUGGCAACAGCAGCUGCUGUGACUGUGGUCUGGCAGACCCUCGGUGGGCCAGCAUCAACCUGGGCAUUACCUUGUGUAUUGAGUGCUCUGGGAUUCAUCGGAGUCUUGGGGUUCAUUUUUCGAAAGUACGUUCUUUAACCUUAGACACUUGGGAACCUGAGCUUUUAAAGCUUAUGUGUGAAUUGGGGAAUGAUGUUAUAAAUCGUGUUUAUGAAGCUAAACUAGAAAAAAUGGGAAUAAAGAAACCACAGCCUGGACAAAGACAGGAGAAAGAGGCAUAUAUCAGAGCAAAGUAUGUGGAGAGGAAGUUUGUGGAUAAGUACUCGGUGUUAUCAUCGCCUUCUGAGCAGGAGAAAAGGGUUAGCUCCAAAAGCUGCGAGGAACGGAGGCUGAGCCAAGUCAGGGUGUCUGUCCACACCACAGUUAAAAGUAAUGACAGUGGGAUCCAGCAAGGCUCUGAUGAUGGGCGAGAAUCUUUACCUUCCACCGUGUCAGCCAAUAGCUUAUAUGAGCCUGAAGGAGAAAGGCAAGAGUCUUCUGUGUUUCUUGACUCUAAACUUCUUAAUCCAGGACUUCAGCUUUAUAGGGCUUCAUACGAAAAAAACCUUCCCAAAAUGGCUGAGGCUUUGGCUCAUGGUGCAGAUGUGAACUGGGCUAAUUCGGACGAGAACCAAGCAACAGCACUCAUCCAGGCUGUACUAGGGGGCUCUUUGGUGACAUGCGAGUUCCUCUUACAGAAUGGUGCUAAUGUGAACCAAAGAGAUGUCCAAGGGCGGGGACCACUUCACCACGCCACUGUCUUAGGACACACAGGGCAGGUAUGUUUGUUCCUAAAGCGAGGUGCCAAUCAACAUGCCACUGAUGAAGAGGGCAAGGACCCUUUGAGUAUAGCGGUGGAAGCAGCCAAUGCUGACAUAGUGACCUUGUUACGUUUAGCAAGAAUGAAUGAAGAAAUGCGGGAAUCGGAAGGACUUUAUGGACAGCCAGGUGAUGAAACUUACCAGGACAUUUUUCGUGAUUUUUCUCAAAUGGCAUCCAAUAAUCCAGAGAAACUCAAUCGCUUCCAGCAAGAUUCACAGAAGUUCUGAGCCCUUUAAAGAGGGGAGUCUAUGAAAUUUGGUGAAUUCCUAAUGUGUACCACCAAAAUCUCACACCUUUCUAGAUUCUACUUGAUUUUGGUAGACAUUGAAUUAAUUGUUCAGAAAAAAUGGUACCCAUUUAUUGGUAUUUUUGUAAAUGAAAACAAAUGUCUCAUAGUUGGGAAAGGGAGAAAUCCACUAUAGUUCCUCUUUUAUUUAAGAAGAAAAAAAGCCUGUUUAAUGGGUUGUGCUUUUAUAUAUCGUUGUAUCCAGAUCUAAGCUAUCUCUUAAGUUCAGAGAUGCUACACUGUUAGGUCCUUGCACCCUUUGCCAUGGGUGUUAACACUGGUUCUCCCCAGGAACAUUCAGUCACUAUGUCUGCAUCAAGUGGGAGCCAGUUCUCUUACCUGUAUUAAGGAUGUAUCUUUCCUAUAGCUUCCCUGAUAAUUGUUGGUGGUUCAGAAAUACGUGUGUGUGUUUUCUGAUAGCUUAGCUAUGGUACCCACAGUAGAUGAUGUAAUUGCCAGGACUAGUGAGGGUGCCCCUCAUUUGGUCAGAGACACCAUUGCACUUCAGUACUUUAGCAAACAUGGUUGCUGUACAGAUGAUUUAUUUCCUUUUAUGGUGCAAAGGAGCUCUUACUUUUUUCUUCUUUCAAUCACCAUAAGACUCCCAGCUCAGUUUUUAUUAUUGGGUUGAUUUCCUAAAACCUUGACAGAUGAUCAGUGCAAUAAAACUGUGUUUCAGAAGUUGACUAUUGCAAAAUUGGGCUUUCAUCAAAACUUGGUGAUUUAAAAGAUAAUGUAGGGCAUUUUUAUAUUUGGAAUUCAUCCAUUUUAUGAUUAUAUAUAUAUAUAUAUAUAUAUAUAUAUAUAUAUAUAUACUGUUACUCCUGGUGAAAGAAAAAAAUCUCCAUGUAAAGGAAGAGAAAACUAAUUUUUUUGUUUAUACUAAAAUUUACCAGCAAUAAAUUUCUUUUAUUUUUCUACAUUUAUCUUGUUUACUAUACAACAGUAUAUGUUCUUUUAAAAUGUAUCCUGUAUAUAGCUUUAGAAUUAAGUAAAAUAUAUGUUAUUGACUUUUGAGUUCCAAAAUUAUGAAUAUGUGACACAGUUGAGUGCGAUUCCACCUCUGAUUGACAUGUCUUGUCAGAGUAUGGAAUGCAUAAGUAAUUGCCUUGUGGUUCAUUUCCAGCACUGUUGAUGAUGUUUAAUCUCUUAGAAAUUACUUGUAAGUAGCAUUGCUACUCAGCUUCGCAGAAACAUUUUUAAAUGUAUAUAAAAGUAUAGUUAAUUAAAUAAAAUUUUUUAAAUAUUUUCUCCACAGUAUGUAGAGCCUUACUUUGAUUAAAUAUAAAAUCAGAAUCUAGGCAGAAAUCGUAUUGAAAUAAAUUUGCAACACAGAUAUUGUCCCAAAGUUCAGCCAAAUUGCAAGCACGUAACACUUAUUUAGUAAGUCACCCUACACUAAGGAUAAAGUUGUGUUUUGUUUCUGAGGAAGUGCAAACUUCCACAGGAUGAAAGGAGUUUUGUUUUUCCUGUCUCCCCUCAAACUUGCAGGUCGUCUGGCUUUGUAGGUAUUUUGUUACAGGCAAAAGCCUAAUUUUAAUUGGUAUGUAUUUUGAAAUGUAUUGUCCUAAAAUGUGUUCAAGGAAGAACAACAGGCUAAAGAAAGGGAGAGAGAGAAGAAAGCACGCCUUUUUCUGCAGGGCUUGCUCUCAGUCACUUGUGGAGCUACUGCCUCGUCUGUGGAGGUGCAGAGGGCUUCCCUUUGAUUCAGAUGCUUGGGACAGUCCUCUGGAUCUGCCUGCCUCCCUGGGUCACGUUGGACGUCCUUGGUUUCCCAGUAGGUACUGUCUGUUGCUAGAGUGAAAUAAGCCUUAAAGAUUCAAGUGUAUUUGAAAUGCCUUAAAGAUUAUUGGGGUUCUGAGUAUCUUUAGAAAUAGCUACAUCUUUUCAUAUUGUAUGAAGGCUGGCAAUGCAAGAAUUUAUUUCUGUGGCUUACUUAAUUUUCUCAACGUGCUGAGAAAUUGAAUGGCAGAAAGAAAUGGAGUAUAGCAAGGCUUUCAGUUCAUAGUUAUAAAGUAGAUUGGCUUAGAUGAGUUUUGCUGUGUUCACUAAUAGCUCUGUGUGGCGUGUUGUGAAGUAUUUCAUACAUUAGGAGAGAUGAGUAUACACAAUGCCAGUCGCACACUCAGGCUGCUCUUAUUGGUUACCAUUAUCUCUCCAGGAAAGACAUGUUGGUAAUAGUUUGAUUCUUUAUUAUUAGUCUGUUUGCUCUUUUUUAUGCUCUCAUUAAUGUAAAAAUUGGAUUACUGCUAAAUAAGAAAAGAGGCGCUGUGAAGGAGUCAUAAAAUGCAGCUUUUCCAUGGGCAUAGAUGAAGGUGAUUGAGCUGCUGUUCACAGUGUGCCUAACCAGUUGAUUAAGCCAGUGUUUGCUGCAGUGUAGUGGACUUUGGUGUUUACUUUCCCAAAGUAAUCCAGCUUGCAACUUGUACUUUUUUAGCACGUUGUAGGUUCAUUUUGGGGAAAAAAAAUGAUACACUCACAUUUUAGAGAAUUUAAGUUUGUGACCAUGUUAGCAGUAUUUAAAAAUAAAAAUUUUUGCAUAUUAGAUAUGAUCAUAAACCAAGUUGUUUUACUUAAAACUAAUCUUGAUACCCACUUUGAAUGAUUGGACAUUCCUACACCACUCACUCUCCAAUUAACUUUUUGUGUGGUUGCAUUUUGACCAUUAGCAUGGGCUAGAAUUUUUUUUUUUUUUUUUUUUAGUGAAAUCCCAUGUUCAUAUCCUUCUUGGAUCCAGGGCUCCCCACAAAUAAAGUGAACGGAUGAAACAAAGGAAAAUUCCGAACCCUCCCUUUGUGUAUCUUUCAUGACUUAGAGCGUUCCUUCACAUUCCUUUUUCCCUCCUGAUGCUUGCCGGAGGAGGACAUGGGGAUCUUAACCCUUGGGCAUCCGCCUUGUCCGAGGCUUCAUCCUAGCUCGGUCCUCUUGUUUUACAGAGGUUGUCACUUGCUCUGCUACUUGGAGGCAGAGCUGAGCCAUGCCCUAGGUCUGACGUAAGCUUCAAAAGCACUUGUAUCAUGAAAGGAUUUGAAAUCACUGUAAAGCAGCAGCUUUCCCUGUGUUUGAGAAGAGACUCCAAAUAAUCGGGAGAACCUCAUUGUGCAGGUUAAAGGACUAGAUUGGAAUUUGAAAGCAUCAAAUUGUAGAAAAGUCUACAUUAUUUUUUGCAAUAGCAAGCAUUAAUAAAAGCAAAGUAUUAUGAAGUUAAACUCACCGUUUAUUAACUUUUUGAUGGUUUUGAAUGACAUAACCAUAGAAAGGGCUUGGAUUCAGUUUGGCUGAGUGCUAACACCUAGAAGGAUUUUUGUGGGUGUCUUUUUCUGUUUACAUAGAGGGGGAUCAUGUGGACAAAGAAAUAUUUAAUUAAAUACACAUUUCUUUGCAUUGGUCUUCUUACUAUUUUAUUUUCUAGAUUUUUCUCAUUCCCCAGCCUUAUUUUGGGUAUUAAUUUUUAGCAGGGAAAGCUUGCUGUGCUAUGAAGGUUGUUAGCACCAUUUAACACGAAGGCUAAAGGUUAGCUUUUGGAAAUGACAAGCUGCUUUUUACAUCUUUGUUUCAGUGUGCUUCGCUGUGUUCUCGAUCAUUCCGGUCAUAAAGAUUGGUCACAUGUACUAUUUCUUGCUACCUGUGAAAAUGAUUUACGAAUGUAUAACCAACACUCCAUUAGUUUUUAUUAGUGUGUAGAAGAUUUGUAUCUAAUUCAUGAAUGUAGUUUUUCUGUAGUUUGUCAUUGUAAAUGGAGCAAAGUACAUUAUCUUUAUAGUUAUUCUAAAAUGUACAUUAUGUAAGAAUUGUAAAUAUACUUGAUUACUUUGUAUGCUGAAAAUUUACAAUAAUAAGUCAAUAAAAAAUAUCUCACUUCUGGCACAGUCA